AUGUUCCCACUUCCGAUGUUCACCCCGGACCAGGUCGCCCGGGUGUGCGAGAACUUGGAGGAGACCGGGGACAUCGAGCGCCUCGGCCGGUUCCUCUGGUCCCUGCCGGCCGCCGUCCCUGGCUCCGCCGGGGAGGCGCUGAACCGACACGAGUCCGUGAUGCGAGCCAGAGCGCUGGUCGCUUUCCACGGGGGAAACUUCGAGGGUCUGUACCAGAUCCUGCAGAGCCACCGCUUUACUCGCGAGUCGCACGCCAAGCUGCAGGACUUGUGGCUGGACGCGCACUACCGGGAGGCGGAGAGGCUCCGGGGUCGGCCGCUGGGCCCGGUGGAGAAGUACCGGAUCCGCAAGAAGUUCCCCCUGCCCCGCACCAUCUGGGACGGCGAGCAGAAGACGCAUUGCUUUAAGGAAAGAACCCGCAGUUUGUUGAGAGAGUGGUACCUCCAAGACCCCUACCCAAACCCAUCCAGGAAGCGUCACCUGGCCCAGGCCACAGGGCUCACCCCCACACAGGUCGGCAACUGGUUCAAGAACCGCCGGCAGAGAGACCGAGCAGCGUCCGCAAAGAACAGAAUGCAACAGGAUCACUCACACCUGCCCUCAGGUAGCUCACCCAACGGCUCCCUCCAGGACCGCCGCCAUCACUCCCACUUGUUGCCUCCCUCUCCUCGACACCUGGGCAGCCCGGAGGCCAGCGACUGCAGCACGGAGAACGAGCGCAGAGGAACGGGAGCCUCCACACCGGAGAUCUCCGUCAGCAGCGACAGCGAGUUCGAGUCUUGAGAUGACGGACGAUUUUUGUGAUAGACAGACUCUUGUUCUCUGCAAUCAUCAGACUCUACAGACAUUUGAAACACUGGAGGUGUUCUCAGUGAGAGUGGACAUUGUAAAGGAAAAACAACAUGCACUUAAAAGAAGCACCAUGGCACACAACCUCGACUGUUAUAUGAAGUAGUUUACUGCCGACCAUGGUCUUUAGAUCAUUUGAUAUUUCAAGUUUUUAUACGGGUUUCAUUGAAUAUUUUUGGAGAAAUAAUUUUCUAUAAGUCAUUAUCUAAGCUAUAAAAUAAUUUGUAUGGAAUCUAAGACACGAUGAAAAAUGCCUUGAGUAGGCUGUUAAUGUUACUAUAUUUACAUGCACAAUAAUAACCUGAUCAACUUCAGAUUUUGGUGUCUUGUUUCAAACAUUUAACAUACAUCCAUUAUCAGAAAAACCUUAAUUUAGGUUCAAUCAUUCAAUAUUUUUGAUAAGAAAUUGGCAUUUAGGUUAAAAAAUACAUUUUUUUUCUGGCACAAUUCAUAUUAUUAACUUUUAAAUUGCAUCCUAAUUCCCAUUAGAUGUUAGAGUGAUCAUGUUACAAUGUGCAUGUAAACAUAGUGACUGACCAAUUAAUCACAUUUUACUGCCUUAAAAAGGAUCUAAGGGCAUCUCUCUUUUACAAUGCAAAGACAAAUAAUCAGAUGAGUUUAGGUAGACUUUAUAUAUGUACCUUAGAAGGAAAUAUGCUGCUUAAAACCAGCUGUGUUUUACCUGUUCUCUUGUCUUUUGGUGACUGGUUGAACUGGUUGCUUUUUGUAAACGCUCCUGAGCUGCUCUGAUGAAUUCCCACAGGAGCUGAAACAGAAAAGAUGAGUCAGCGAAAAAUGUAAAGCGUUAAUCGGUCUUAACUCAAUGUGCCUAUAACAUUUGAGAACAGUGAGACCAAGUCGGAUAUGUUUGUGUCCUAAUGUCAGAACGACACUCUCAGAGGCCUACUGUGUGCUGUCUUUCUCACAACCAUGAUUUCUCAUAACACAUUAUUUCAAUGAAAAUAUGUAUUUUGUAAAUGUUUUAUGUAA